UCACCACAAAGCUUUGAUCGGUGAGUUUUACCCAAGAUGGAGGCAAUUUUUCAUAUCCUUAUUGCGGCCAGUAUUGUUGCUCUUGUCUCAGGCCACGGCCGGCUUAUUGAUCCACCCAGCAGGAACUCAGCAUGGAGGUACGGUUUUGAAACGCCGAGGCAAGACACAGAUAAUGAGCUUAACUGUGGCGGGUUUAAUGUGCAGUGGUCUACGAACAAAGGAAAGUGCGGUGUGUGUGGAGACGCCCAUCACUUAAGGCCUGGUAAAGCUCUUUAUACCCAUCCCGGAAAGUACGCGACGGGAACCAUCACUAAGACGUACAAAGAGGGACAGGAGAUUAAGGUGGUGGUAGACGUAACCUCCAACCAUCAGGGAUACUUCACCUUCAGUGUGGGCGACAUUGGCUCUCCUCCCAUAACUCAAGAGAAGCUGAGCUACGUGUUGAGGCAGCCCAAUGGCGACACCAAGUGGAAAAUCAACUCGCACGGGAACGACGUGUUUACUAUCAGGCUAAGACUUCCCAGGGGCUUGACAUGUGAUCACUGCGUGUUACAGUGGUGGUGGCGUGUGGGAAAUAACUGGGGGUGUGAUGGAAAAAGAGACUGUGGAAUGGGUAAAGGACCACAGGAAACCUUCGUAAACUGCGCCGAUAUUAGGAUCACGAAAAGCGACGGAAGUGUGCCACCACCGCCUGCUCCAACCCGCCCCCCGCCACCUACAGAGGCACCUCCGGAGCCUCCCAAGCCUACCAAGCCCAUGCCCACCAAUGCUCCUAACCCGGAAGGUUGCAGGUCAAUACCUCCGUACAAAAGUAAACAAAUGGACGACUGGUGUCGCAGAAAUUGCGCCACAGGAUACUGCCCAGCAACUCACUGCAAGUGCUCAAUGUAAAGAAGAUCCCCAUUACCUGAAGCUUGCAUUGAAUAAACUUGACAAUAAGACUGUA